UCCUUUCCCAAGAAGAGAACGAGCUGGGUCGUUUCCUGCGCUCCCAGGGCUCUCAGGAUAAAACCAGAGCUGGAAAGAUCAUGCAAGCCACAGGAAAAGCUCUCUGCUUCUCAUCACAGCAGAGAUUGGCUCUGAGGAACCCGCUGUGCCGUUUGUACCAGGAGGUGGAAACGUUUCGUUAUCGUGCCAUCUCAGACACGUGGCUGACAGUGAAUCGAAUGGAGCAGUCAAGGACUGAGUACCGUGGAGCGCUGCUUUGGAUGAAGGACGUAUCUCAGGAGCUCGACCCAGAUACACAUAAACAGAUGGAGAAAUUCAGAAAGGUUCAGGCUCAGGUGCGCACAACCAAAACGAGCUUUGACAAACUGAAGAAUGACGUCUGCCAGAAAGUGGACCUGCUGGGAGCGAGCCGCUGCAACCUCCUCUCUCACGUCUUAACCACAUAUCAGACAACACUUUUGCACUUCUGGGAGAAAACAUCCCACACCAUGGCAGCCAUCCAUGAGAGCUUCAAGGGCUGUCAGCAUUAUGAGUUCUCUACAAUUAAGUCGGAGGGAGAGGAGACAGACAGCAUGGCCUUACUGAAUGAGAUCCUGGGAGGUUUGUCUGUGGAUGAGGGGAAUUUUUCUCAGGAGUGGACAGAAGUGUUUGGAGAGACUGAGGAAGGAACAAGUGCUGCAUCCACCAGACCAACAGAGGCCCAGGACAAGGAAAACUCCUUCUUUCUACCAUCACAGCUUUUGGACCAGAGUUUGAAUAAUCUGCAGUCUUCCAUCUCAG